AUGGCUGAUACAUCAGAUAGCGUUUCCGCCACUCUACGCGACAAAGAAGCCCAAGAUGAAAAGACUAGAGACGACGCCGCUUCAACACAAAGCCAAACCAACGAUGAGCAAGAUCAAUGUUGCGACACCAUUGAAGAACCUCCAGAUGGCGGUUUACAAGCUUGGUUACAGGUAGUGACAGGCCAUCUCGUCAUGUUCAACUCGUGGGGUUACUUUAUCAGCUUUGGCAUCUUCCAACCACACUACGAAUCCGAAUUCUCGCUUCCACCCUCGACAGUCUCAUGGAUCGGAAGUCUCCAAGUCUGCCUCAUUUUCUUUAUCGGUACAUUCUCCGGCCGUGCUUUCGACGCAGGAUAUUACCGCACCGCAUUAGUAGUAGGCCUAUUCCUGCAGAUACUAGGUAUCUUCAUGACCAGCAUCGCCUCAGCGUACUGGCAAGUUCUUCUCGCGCAGGGAAUAUGUCAAGGUUUAGGAAACGGCGUCUUAUUUGCGCCGACGAUAGCAAACAUGUCUACGUACUUUACUCGCAAAAAGACAAUUGCAAUCUCAGCUGCGGCGUGUGGUGCUGCUACGGGCGGAAUGGUGUUUCCUCUGAUUGCGCAGCAGCUUCUUCCCAAGAUUGGCUUUCGGUGGACGGUGCGCGUUAUGGGAUUGGUAGUGAUUGUGGUAUCUUCGAUAGUUCUGCUGCUUGCUAGGACGAGACUUAAAGCGAGAAAGGCUGGGCCGCUUGUUGAGUGGGCGGCGUUCAAAGAGCCUUCAUACGUGUUAUUUGCGGUGGCCAUGUUUUUUACCCUGUGGCCGACUUGGAUCUCAUACAACUAUGCUCGUCAAUAUGCAACAGACAAACUCGGCGGUUCAGCCUCAGACUCAUUCCUCAUGCUCAUCGCCAUUAACGCAGUCGGAAUCCCAGGCCGAAUGAUAUCAGCCUUUCUCGCCGAUCGCUUAUUCGGAGCAAUCAACGUCUUUAUCCCAACCAUCUUCUCCGCCGCAUUAUGUCUAUACAUGUGGUCGCAAGUAACCACGCUGACAGGCGGUUUCGUCUGGGUGAAUGCAUCACCCCUCCUCGCUCCCGCCCUCCUCCAACGCGCCCAAUCCCUAACAACCGAACACGAUGCCCUCCAAAAGAACCUCAACUCCUCCUUCGACUCCACCACCGCCAAGCGCGUCGGCGAACUAUCCCGCGUCGCAGAAGCUCUGAAAGCGCUGGAAAAGUCUCAAUCUUCCGUCAAAGAGCUUACGCAGAUGCUCGAUGAUGCAAGUCUGGAUCAAGACCUCGCCGCCAUAGCUAGAGACGAACUCUCCUCCGAGACGGGCCAGUUCGAAGCCCUCGCCCGAAAGCUCUCCGCUAGCUUGACGCCUCGCCAUCCCUUUGCCGAUUUCCCAUGCAUGCUCGAGUUUAGACCGGGGCCUGGUGGUCUUGAGGGGAGAUACUUUAUGGAUACCCUGUUCAAGAUGUACAAAGGGCUUUGCAUGCGCAGAGGAUACAGACAUACAGUUGUCAAAUAUGAAUUCGCAGACGGCGCAGGCGAUUCAUCUUCUUCCGCCGGCGAAAAUCCCCUCCAGGAAGCCAUUCUCGAAGUCCACGACCAAGGCGCCUUUGACAUUUUCCGCGGCGAAGCCGGCAUGCACCGCGUGCAACGCAUUCCCAGCACCGAAACAAAAGGCCGCGUCCACACCUCCGCCGUCGCCGUCUGGGUCCUCCCCUCGUUCCCCGAAAACAGCGCCACGAGCAUCGAUUUCGAAGACCCCGAGAGCGACUUUUACGUUAACCCGCAAGAGCUCAAGAUCGAGACGAUGAGAGCGCGCGGCGCAGGAGGACAGCACGUCAACAAGACCGAGUCUGCCAUUCGCAUGACGCAUUUGCCCACCGGAACGACGGUUUCGAUGCAGGACCACAGAUCGCAGCAGCGCAACAGAGAAGAAGCGUGGAAACUGAUGCGAUCCCGAAUCGCAGACCAGAGAAGAGAGCAGCGUGAACAAGAGGCGUCUCAACUGAGGAACAGUGUUCUGUCAAAGACGCAGAUAACUCGUGGUGACAAGAUCCGAACCUACAACUACAACCAGGACCGCUGCACCGACCAUCGUGCUGGCAUUGAUGUGCACGGCUUGCCGAAUGUGCUCGAAGGUGGUGAGAAGCUGGAUAAAAUCAUGGACGGCGCAAAGGAUUGGUUGGUUAGCAAAGACAUUGAAGUCCUCGUUGCGGAAGAAGACGCAAAAGAGAAGGACAAGACCAAGGGAAAGAAAUAG